AUGGACUGGUCAGGGAUAUGUGUUCUGAGACUCUCUUUAUUUGUCUUGCAGUAUGGGCGGUCAGAUAGCUACCGUGUGGCCACCACGACGGAGAAGGACGAGAAGGAGUCCCCCAAGAAGGCGGUCUCCAAGGCAGAAAAGAAGACCAAGGACAUGGAUGAAUUGAAGAAGGAAGUUCCUUUGGUGUGUAGUGCAUAAUUCCUACUUCCUGUUUCCUGUCAGUGCACCAUGGCCUAGAGCAGUGUGUUCGUCGGACCGGCACUGGUCCCUUGGAUGUUGCUAACUGGUCCCUCAGAUGGUUAGCUGAAACCAAUUUAGAUUAAUCUAAAGUGCUAGUUUUAAUCUAAGGAGGAAGGACCAUAACUUGCCGGACACUGGUAUAAUACAAGUUUGAGAAAUACUAUCCUAAAGAGCACCCAAUGGACACAGACAUCAAUUCAACGUCUAUUCCACGUUGAUUCAACCAGUGUGUUCCCAGUGGGCAGUCUUUGUGUAUUCUGUUUGGGACAACAAAAACAUUUAAAAAAGAUUACUUCUCAGAUGUUUGGACAAUGGAUUUUGGCAGCCUGUAUUCCUGAAAAUCUAUUUUAUUGUUGGCACACUAAGUAAAUCUCAUGGGUGUCAAGCAAAGGAAAUUGUUUUUUUUUUGGUACGAAUAGUCGUUUGUGGUUAGAGGCAAUGCCAAUGUAAACUAAUCCUGUUUGAAGAGGAUUUACUCUGUUACGAGGCAUACGGCCAAACCAUGAGAAUAUUAAUAUCCCUCUGAAACACAGCCGGAAAAUGUCUCAAGCGCUAUUCACAAUAUAUGUGAAAAAAUGUAGUUAAAACUAGAGAUUUAUUCAAUGUUUUCAACUUUUCUCUUUUAGACCGAACACAAGAUGUCCAUCGAGGAGGUAUGCCAGAAGUACGCUACCGAUAUAGUUCAGGUAAAUUCAUGACCUCAAGCCUUCCCGAAACCUGUGUUGGGGCUUUUCAAAUUAAACAUUUUAUAACAUUAAUGGUAAUAUCAGUUGUCACACAAAAUAUCAGCCAAUCCCUCUCCCUCCUCUCUCCCUCUCACCCCCUCUUCAGGGUCUGACCAAUGCUAAGGCCGCUGAGUACCUGGCUCGUGACGGCCCCAAUGCCCUCACGCCUCCCCCUACCACCCCCGAGUGGGUCAAGUUCUGUCGCCAGCUGUUCGGUGGCUUCUCCAUCCUGCUGUGGACUGGCGCCAUCCUCUGUUUCCUGGCCUACGCCAUCCAGGCCGCCACCGAGGACGAGCCCGCAGGAGACAAUGUGAGUGACAGACCCCCACAAAAUGGCCACCAUUAUCACUUGGCAGGGGACAAAGGGAUGCAAGGUUAUAGAUGGCCUUUUGGGUUCAGCUUAAUGUAGUGUUUCCAAAAUGGAGCAUUAGGAUUCAACUUGUGGGGUUGUGGCUGAUUCUUACUUGGCACUAAAAUAUUUGGGAAACUCUAUGACUUGGUGAACAAUUAAGUGUCUAGUGUCUAGUGGUCUAGUGUUGAGAUGAGUCAAAGUCCCAUGUGUUUCUUAGAUCCAGCUAUAUGCUUCAACCAAUCCCAAAUGAAUGGGAAAUAUAGACACCAUCUAAAAUGAUAAAUGGUUAAACAAUAUUUCUGUCUCUCUCUCCUUGCCCUCUCUCUCCAGUUGUACGUGGGUAAUACUAAAUGAGGCAUUUGAAUUUCAACGAAUUUCAUUGAAUUUAUCAAUGAUUUACUUCCUAUCCUAUAUAUUUCCAUUAAUUCAAAAUCAAAUUCAAAUAAUUCUGCAUCCUGUGUACUAUUUCAACAAGAAUUCAAGAACUGAAUUGGAAUUGAUCAGCCAUUCUCAAUUCAAUUUUGAAUUGACCCCAACCCUGCAUGGCAUGUGGCAUUUUAGAUCCAGCUAUAUAGUUCAACCAACCCUAAAUUCAUUAAAAAGCUAGGCACCAUAAUAACAUUAUCAAACAAUAAAGUUAUAUAUAUAUUUUCCCAGCAAAUAGUGAACGUUCCUGCAACGUUAGGUAACGUUCCAAUGGAGUCCCAAUUUGGUUUUCAGCUAACAUUAGCAUGACAACAUCCCAUGAAUGCUUUUAAAAUGUCCUGGGAAAACGUUAUUUGAUAAACAUUAGUAGAAGGACAUAAUAGUUAUAAGAACUUUUGUAUAAAAUGUUCCAAUACUGUUUGUUUUUUACAUUGUUUGCUGGGUUCUCUCUCUCCAGUUGUACCUGGGUAUCGUUCUCUCGGCUGUGGUCAUCAUCACCGGCUGUUUCUCCUACUUCCAGGAGGCAAAGAGCUCCAAAAUCAUGGAGUCCUUCAAGAACAUGGUGCCCCAGGUAAACAAACCUCUUAGAUCUCCUUACCACCCUAUCCUAUUGUCUCCUACAUUCCCACCAGUUAUAGCAGGGUUCCUCAACUAGCGGCCUGCAGGCAGAAUUUGGCCCGCAGUUGAUUUCUAUUUGCCCCCCAAGUUCUUUUUUUUUAUUGUUUAUUGUCGGACAUAAAAGACAGUAAAAACACCACCAAAUCAGCUGCAAGUGAUUUUAAUUAUGGAAAUCUGUUCCAAAGUAUUCCCACACAGAAUAUAUAGAUAGGUGUGAUCAUAUACAAAUGUAAGCAAGGUUUGAAAUUAUUAUGUAUUAGUCAAAUGUUAUAUAUGUUUGGGUUUCUUGCGGUCAAUUUGCAGUCUACAAAUUAUUUGUAAUCAUGUUCCGGCCCCCCGAUCAUCCGCGGCUGAAUCUAGUUGAUGAUCUCUGACCAUAGGGCUCAGUGUCUGUGAUACUCAUUCCAAUCCUAUUAGUCCCAUCAUAAGUGUUUUACAAAUUCUAAUCCAAACUUGUUUUUCUAGAUGACUAUGGGUGUGGGGAAGUUGUGGCAGUGACUCAAAAUAACCUGUGACCCUAAUCCAUAUGUUCCCCCCUGAAAACCCACAUAGCCUACAUUGUUGUGGCCAUUGUAACCAUGGUCAGGUACACAUUUUCUAUCCAGAGUCCUUCUUUGGUCAGUGUCAAUGGUCAGUCAAUGGUUAGUUGGUUACUUUACAGUCUACUAUUUAUCUGCCAAUCUCUAUGCAAUUACAUGUUAUAACAUAAAAACCCAUAAUUACUAGUUAGUUUAUGGUCAGUGAUAGUGUGUGGUUGGUUUUACUGUUACCCCAGUGUUACACCUGUAUGUAUAGUCAGUUAAUGGUUGGUUUGUGGUUCCUACUUCACCAUUGGGGUUCCUCUGUCCAAAGCAAGCGCUGGUGAUCCGUGAGGGUGAGAAGAUGCAGAUCAACGCUGAGGAGGUGGUGGCUGGAGACCUGGUUGAGGUGAAGGGAGGAGACAGGAUCCCCGCCGACCUCAGGAUCGUCUCUGCUCAUGGCUGCAAGGUAAACACACACACACACACACACACAGCAUAUGUUUUACUAUCCUUGUGGGGACCUAAACAUUUAUUUCCGUUCAAAAUCCUAUUUAAAAAAACUAAUUCCUAAACCUGACCCUAAUUCUAACCCUAAUCCUAACUGUAAACCUAACCACUAAGCUUAAAAUAACCUUUGGAAUAUGUUUCUUCUUUUACUAUCCUUGUGGGGACUUUUGAGGAUUUCCUGUACCCACAAGGAUAGUAAUACAAGCUGACACACACAUACACACACACAUAUACAUACAUAGCUCACAUUAAAAUAUAACACACACUCACACAACUACACAUUUUACAUACAAGCUUUUUUAAAUUGUAAACAAGUUCCUUGGAUUUUGUCCUUCUCCUAUAGGUGGAUAACUCCUCCCUGACUGGUGAAUCAGAACCCCAGAGCAGGUCACCUGACUGUACCCAUGACAAUCCCCUGGAGACCCGCAAUGUCGCUUUCUUCUCCACCAACUGUGUUGAAGGUAUGGUCGUCUUGUCAACUGCAUCAUCCUCAUCUCCCUCCUUCUCUUCCUCCUGACCCAUUUCCUUCUUCUCAUCACCAUCAUCAUCAUCAUCAUCAUCAUCAUCAUCAUUGUUUUCCUCAUAACCAUCAUUGCCCCAUCACUCUACAUGUGUCUUUCCAUUCCUGUGUUUUCUUUCUUUCCCUCCGUUUCUCUUUAUCCACCCCUGAACGGGUUGAAGGGGAAAAUGCUGGCUGCCAUAGCAACAAGGCACCCACCAUUUUAACAAGCACCCAACCCAGCGCCCACGCACACUCUGUCUCUCUCUCCUUCUUCCUUUCACCUCUCUUUUCCUCCCUCUUCUUUGAAUUCCCUGGCUGCCUUUUCCUUCCCAUCUGUCCAUAUCGCUUCAUCUUUGAGAACACUCCAUCUGGUGUCAAUAUUAGCUUACCGCCUCCCUAUGGUUCAGUGGUCUAAUGGUAUUGUCAAUAGAGGACGACAGACAUAAAUGGCUAAGGUCUGGAUUCAAUCAGUUCAGCUUUAACCCGCGGUAACCGACACUGCAUAGCAUGUCUUUGCUUUUGUUUAGGCAAUGUCGGAGGUGUAACUGCGUUGGAGCUGUCAAAUCGGCCCGUGCGUUAUACCUGCCGCGUACAUUGCCAUUGGAUGCAUUAGUAGAAAUCCCAUGCAGCCGUGUUACAAUUUAAUCUACACCUCGAUUAGGCACACAUAAAUCCUUAUUGUUUUGUUUAAUGAUUUUCAAUUUGAGUGUCAUUAUUUCUAUAUAGCCUACACUUUCUCUUUGUAAACUUCUAAGGCGAGUGGAACGGCUGUGGCUUCGUGACAAUGACCACAAGAGCAGCCGCUCACCAAGAGCAGCCCCAUGUGGUCAGAACAUGGCACCUGCACUGGUGGCGAUAAUAAAUACUUACAUUUUACAUUUUAGUCAUUUAGCAGACGCUUAUACUUCAGUGGUAUUUCAGUAAAGAACACUUCAGCAGCUCAAUAUUCAUUUUUUUUUGAAUGGUUACUUUAGGGCCAUUUACUGUAAGGGAGUGAUACAAAAAUGAUUAUUAAAAACAUUUGAUUUGCAUUUUUCUCAAACUCAGUGCUUUGCAUUGUAUGGGGGUAACUCACCAUCAUUUUACACAACAUGGUAUUGCAAAUCUUUGACGAUACACUAAUAUAACAUGUAAGUAAAGUCAUCUAACUUCCUUCUCUCCUCCUCUCCGUCACCAGGCACGGCGCGUGGCAUCGUGGUGUGCACCGGCGACCGUACCGUCAUGGGCCGUAUCGCCACCCUCACCUCCGGCCUGGAGUCGGGCAAGACCCCCAUCGCCAAGGAGAUCGAGCACUUCAUCCACCUGAUCACAGGCGUGGCCGUGUUCCUGGGCAUCACCUUCUUCAUCCUGGCCGUCUGCCUGGGCUACAGCUGGCUGGAGGCCGUCAUCUUCCUCAUCGGCAUCAUCGUGGCCAACGUGCCCGAGGGCCUGCUGGCUACUGUCACUGUGAGGGGAUACUUUGGUGGAUUUUUGUGUUGUGUUGUGUGGUGGAUGGGGUUGCAAAGGGUAGUUGGGGGUAGUGAGGAGUGGAGUGUAUGUUUGUGUGUGUUUUGCUUUUUCUGUGUGUGUUCUGCUUUUUCUGUGUGUGUUCUGCUUUUUCUGUGUGUGUUCUGCUUUUUCUGUGUGUGUUCUGCUUUUUCUGUGUGUGUUCUGCUUUUUCUGUGUGUGUUCUGCUUUUGGUGUCUUGUGUUGUACUUCUGUGUCUGUCUGUCUGUCUGUCUGUCUGUCUGUCUGUCUGUCUGUCUGUCUGUCUGUCUGUCUGUCUGUCUGUCUGUCUGUCUGUCUGUCUGUCUGUCUGUCUGUCUGUCUGUCUGUCUGUCUGUCUGUCUGUCUGUCUGUCUCUUACUCUGUGUGUUCUAUCUCUGUGCUAAUAUUUCCAUGUGUUCCAGUAUCGUUGUGUGGUUAUGCAUCUUUCUGUAAUAAUAGAGGCUUAUGUGUCUUCUGUGAUGGUUGUGGUGGUGUAUCAUAUCUCUGUUAGUGUAUCUCUCUCUUUUUCUCCCUCUCUCUCUCUCCACAGCCGUUGUGUUUUGUGUACCUAUAUCUCUCUCUUUUUCUCUCCUUCCCUCUUUGUGUCUGUCUCUUUUUCAGGCUCUCUCUGCACCUGGGUCAUUCAGUGUCAGUGACUCCCCCUGGUCAGUUGUCUUCUAUGACAACUGUUAAGAGAGACUGAUAUAUGCUAGGCUAAUGUUAAUGUAAAUGCUAGGCUUUUGCCACUCUCGCUGCUUGGCUAGUAGCCUGUAUGUGCCAUGAUAUGUUCCGCCAUUUUGAAAGUAGCAUGAUACACCGGCGCCCGCCUUUCACUGCUUUUACUCUGUGCUUGGCUUUCCUUCUCUUGCUUUCUAUCUUUCUUCAUUUCUCUUCUGGGCUGUGAAAUAUACUGUAGUAUUUGAUUGGCUCUAGUGCAUUUUAAUGUAGUGGGGAGCAGGGGAUGUGGAAUGACGGGGGUUUGCACAACUCCAGGUCUCAAGGGUAGGUGUGUAGUUACCUUGUAUUGGUUUGUCAUGGGUUUCUUAUCUGUAGAUGCAAGUAAGUUGUUGCUUGGUUUGAGGGUCUAGGGUGUAUACACCUGGAGUUGUGCUCCCCAUGUUUUUACUUUUAUGAUUUGGUACUAAUCUUUUCUCUCAUUUUCUAUUUUUUACUUUCUUUCAUCCUGCCUUCUUUUCCCAAUCUCUGUUGCUUUCUCUGUCUCUCUCUUUUCUCUCUCUUUUUUCUCUCUCUCCUUUUCCCUUCUUCUUCUUCUUCUUCUUCUUCUUCUUCUUCUUCUUCUUCUUCUUCUUCUUCUUCUUCUUCUUCUUCUUCUUCUUCUUCUUCUUCUUCUUCUUCUUCUUCUUCUUCUUCUUCUUCUUCUUCUCUUCUUCUUCUUCUUCUUCUUCUUCUUCUUCUUCUUCUUCUUCUUCUUCUUCUUCUUCUUCUUCUUCUUCUCUCUCUCUCUCAGGUGUGUCUGACCCUGACCGCUAAGCGUAUGGCUCGUAAGAACUGCCUGGUGAAGAACCUUGAGGCUGUGGAGACCCUGGGCUCCACCUCCACUAUCUGCUCUGACAAGACUGGCACCCUGACCCAGAACAGGAUGACUGUGGCCCACAUGUGGUUUGACAACCAGAUCCACGAGGCUGACACCACUGAGGACCAGUCUGGUAAGAGACAGGGGUUUAAGUUCACUGAACUCAUUGUUUAUGUUCUUACUACAUAAUAUCAAAGAAAAUACAUCUUAGGUAUGCAUAUUGUGAUCACAGUUAUUAAGAUUGUGGCGCCAGUUUAGGUGAUUUAGACAGUCUUGUAGUCUCUGGAAUUACAGUAGAUAUAAUUUGGCAAACCAGCAUAAUGUGGCUUGCAGGCCUGAUGUAGCACCCGAGCCAGAAGUUUCAGACCACUGUGUUAGGGAAUAACUAGGCCAUCAAAGAUGGGCCUUAUGUUGUUUGUAACAUCUUGUAGCAAAGGAUUUGCAUUUUUAAUGAUAGUAUGUGUAUUUAUGCAGGCCUUGAUGAGGGCUUCAGGGCUGCCUGUGAGCACAUGAAUGCAACAACCAUGUGUCUGUCACUAACAAUUCUCCCUCCCUCUCUUCUCCCCAGGCGCCUCCUUCGACAAGAGCUCGGAGACCUGGUUGGCUCUGGCGCGCGUGGCGGCCCUGUGUAACCGGGCGCAGUUCAAAGCGGCUCAGGAUCAGCUGCCCAUCCUGAAGAGGGACGUGGCGGGUGACGCCUCUGAGUCCGCGCUGCUGAAAUGUAUCGAGCUGUCCUGUGGCAGCGUUCGACAGAUGAGGGAGAAGAACAAGAAGGUGGCCGAGAUCCCCUUCAACUCCACCAACAAGUACCAGGUGAGUGACCAAUAUGGAGAACAAGUGCACACCCUGGAUCCCUGGGGCUGUAUGUAUCAAAUGUCUCAGAGUAGGAGUGCUGAUCUAGGAUCAGGUUCUACCUAUCCAUGUGAUCUUAUUAAUUGUGUUAUAAAAGGCCAAACUGAUCCUGAAUCAGCUUGAUACGUACGGCCCUAGUUCUAGAGGUGGGUCUGACCCUGGUCUUACCUGGUUCUGCUUCAGUAAAAGAUUGUCAUUAACAUAUAUGUAGAUCCUAAAUCACAGAAAUAUAAUUAUUACUAACCCUGUCCUGAACUAGGCCAUGCCUCCUUUUACGGUCAAACAAAAGAGACCCUAAUGUUUUACAAUUUUUACUAAGCAGGAGGCAUGCAUAUGCUUUGCAGACAUAACAGGGUUCCUAGUCUGGGUUAGGGUUGAAGCUAGGGUUAGGGAAAACAAGGGUUUUCUAAAUCCUUAUAAAAGCAGUUUGUAUAAGGAGUUUGUAUAAGAGGCUGAACACAAGUGUGUGAUUGUGCUCCCCCUCCCCCUCCCCCUCCCCCAGCUCUCUGUGCAUGAGACAGAGGAUGAGAACGACAACCGCUACCUUCUGGUGAUGAAGGGAGCGCCAGAGAGGAUCCUGGACCGCUGCUCCACCAUCUUGAUCCAGGGCAAGGAGCAGCCCAUGGAUGAGGAGAUGAAGGAGGCCUUCCAGAAUGCCUACAUGGAGCUUGGAGGACUGGGAGAGAGAGUACUCGGUGAGACAGGAGGGAGAGAGGGACAGAGAACAGCGGGGGGGAUGAGGGAGGGAGUACUGGAUAAACGAGAGGGUGGGCGGGAGGUAUAGAAAGUUCCAGAACGCUUACAUGGAGCUGGGAGGACUGGGAGGGAGAGUACUCGCUGGAAGAGAGAGAGAGAGAGAGAGAGUAGAGAUAAGCGAGAGGCUAGUACGAUAUACGAGAGAGCUCAUUAGGACUUGAUAGAUAGGGAAGGAGAGAUGAGAGAGAGAAUACUCAUCUCUCGAGUAUCGCAGACUCUCUCCUCUUCUCUCUCUCUCUCGUCGCUCUUCUAGCUCUCUCUCUCUCUCUCUCUCUGAUCGAUCUUCUCUAUCUCUCUCUCCUCUGCUCUCUUUCUCUCUCUCGCUCAUCUCUUUCUUCUCCUCUUGGUUUUUUUCAUGCAACGUUUAUCUCAAUCCUUCAGAAUGCAUACACUAAUACUAAUAAUAAUAAUAAUAGCAAUCUAAUACUGUCACUCCCUAGGUUUCUGCCACCUGCUAAUGCCCGAGACCAUACCCCAAGGGGCUUUGCCUUCGCUGUGACACGUCAACUUACCCAGAGAAACCUGUGCUUCGUGGGCCUCAUGUCCAUGAUUGACCCUCCCCGUGCUGCCGUGCCCGACGCCGUGGGUAAAUGUCGCUCCGCUGGCAUCAAAGUCAUCAUGGUGACCGGCGAUCAUCCAAUCACAGCCAAGGCUAUCGCUAAGGGUGUGGGCAUCAUCUCCGAGGGCAAUGAGACAGUGGAGGACAUCGCCUCUCGCCUCAAUAUCCCCGUCAGCCAGGUCAACCCCAGGUAAGAGCUAUGAGGAAGGAGUGUGUAUGUGAACAUAUACUGUUUUACCUAUUUUGGAACAUUUUAUAUUCGUAAAGGUAGAUGCAUAAAAACACAGCCUUUGCCUAUUGUUUUUCAGAAAUAUUUUUUUCUGCCUCAUUUGUAGCCUAUAUAUUUUUUUCUUAUUGUUUAUUUAUUUGCUUUUGUAUUUUGGUUUGUUUAUUUAGCUAUGUUGUACCUAUUUCAAUGUACGUUAUGCCUUAUUGUAUUUGUACAUUGACCAAAAAAAACAAUGUAUAUAUUUUUAAGAAACAUUAAUGCAUACGUACGAAAUGGUGCAUAUGAACAUACUUUAUCUAUCUCUCUUUCACACAAAUAUAUUUACUCAGUCACUCAGAUACUCAGUCAGUUACUCACACCCACAUGCUUGGAUACACUUAUUCACCAAAAACACUAACUUUCUGCAUUUCUGUGUGGGUCUCAGCGAUACCAAACAUACUCUCACUCACUGUCUUCCUGUGUGUGUGUUGCAGGGAUGCCAAGGCGUGUGUGAUCCAUGGUACAGACCUAAAGGACCUGUCUCAGGACCAGAUGGAUGACAUCCUGAGGAACCACACUGAGAUUGUGUUCGCCAGAACCUCCCCCCAGCAGAAACUCAUCAUCGUGGAGGGCUGCCAGAGACAGGUGAGGGGCACAAGUGCAAACACGCACAUUAUGCUUGCACACACACACAAGCUCAUGUUUACUUUACACAGACACAUCUGCCUUUUUAUACUUAGAUACUUUAAAGUAGAGAAAGCUAAAGAAACACUACAGUACUUUAUAUUCCAUCAUAGUAGAUAAUGAGGAGGUUCUUAUAGCUGGACUCUCUUCCACUCCCCCCCCCCCCCCCCCCCCCCCCUUGUCUCUCAGGGUGCCAUCGUGGCUGUGACUGGUGAUGGUGUGAACGACUCUCCCGCCCUGAAGAAGGCUGACAUCGGUGUCGCCAUGGGGAUCUCCGGCUCAGACGUGUCCAAACAGGCCGCUGAUAUGAUCCUGCUGGACGACAACUUUGCCUCCAUUGUCACCGGAGUGGAAGAGGGUGAGAGAGAGGGAGGGAAGGAGUGAGGAAAGAAGAGAAGGAGGGAGGGAAAAAGAGGGAAACAAGCAGGGAGGAAAAAAGGUAGGAGGGAAAGAGGUAUACAGAUGUAAGAUCUUAAUUUGAUCACCCUGUUGUAGGAUAACUUUCCUGUAAUGCAGGAAAUGUCAAACUUGUAAUGUAUUUGAGGUUUAAAAAGGCUUCUGACGUUUGACAUUUCAGACUUGAUUUUCCCUUACGAAAAAUUUAUCAACCCCUACAAAAAUGCCAUUAAUUAUAAUCCACACAAUAAUUCACAUUUUCUGUUGCUGCAGGAUUUUUUUCCUGCUGUAGCAAACUGGCUCAAAUUAAGAUCCUACAUCUGUAAGGAGGAAGAAAAUGAAGGAGAGAAAGAGGGUGGUGUGAAUGACGGGUAGGAUGGAGAGAGUAAAAAAGGUCAGCGAGAGGAGAGAAGAAGUCAAGAAAAGAGAGGAAAUUGAAUAUUUAGAGACAAAAGAAAAGUGCUGGUUCGAAAGAUAACUUAUCUGUAAUAUGAGCCCGUUGUUUGAAAAUACGAUAUACAGUAUAAUGAUGUCGUCCUGGGGUAGCCUAUACAAGCCGUUACUCUUGUGCCCCUCCAGGUCGUCUGAUCUUUGACAACCUGAAGAAGUCCAUUGCCUACACCCUGACCAGUAACAUCCCUGAGAUCACUCCUUUCCUCUUCUUCAUCCUGGUCAACAUCCCACUGCCCCUAGGGACCAUCACCAUCCUCUGUAUCGACCUGGGAACCGACAUGGUGAGAUACACCCACCCACCAAUGCAUGGCACAUGCUCACACACACAGGCAAAUUGUAGUUUGUUCAAUUUAUACACUUUGAAGAUUAAAAAUACAAUUUGAAUCGAAGGUCAGUCAUCUUAUCCAAGCGUGUGGUUUGGUCUGUUGUCCUUUGCGCCACAAAGAGAGUCAGUCUAUUUGAAUGUGUAUUGAUAUCCACUGUCUUCUCCUAACCCAACUGUUUGUCUAUAGGUGCCAGCUAUCUCCCUUGCCUACGAGGCAGCAGAGAGUGACAUUAUGAAGAGACAGCCCAGAAACCCAGCCAGGGACAAACUGGUGAACGAGAGACUGAUCAGUAUUGCCUACGGACAGAUUGGUGGGUCUUUAAAAGUCUAUCUCUGUGUUCAGGUCCUUAGUCUACAUUGGCUUGACUCCCGGCCUAAUUCUAAUUCUAUUUCUAUGGGCAUCAUAGAUAAAGCUAACACAUCUUCCUCUCCUCUCUCUGUCUUUGUAGGUAUGAUCCAGGCUCUGGGAGGGUUCUUCUCCUACUUUGUGAUCCUGGCGGAGAAUGGUUUCCUUCCCUCUUUAUUGGUGGGCAUCAGGCUAAACUGGGACGACCGCUCCAACAACGACCUAGAAGACAGCUACGGACAGCAAUGGGUACGCUAUACCUCCUUUCUCUUUUUUCCCCUCCAUUUUCAUAAUUUCCCCCCUUUUUUCUCUCCAGUUUUUUAAAAUUCUUUCUCUCUGUCUCUCAUUUUCAUUUACUCUCUCGUCUUUACUCACUCUAACUUUUUUUUACCACUCUUUCAUUUCAUUUUAUUUAAUCCAGUCCUCAUUAGUCUCAUUAAAUUAAUUGCUCAUCACCACACAUUUCCACUUAGUCAUCACCACAACUUUCCACUUAGUCAUCACCACAACUUUCCACUUAGGCACCUCUACCUCUGCUCUCGUUCACUCUUUAACUCUCCCUCCUUGUGAUUUCCUCUCCCUCCCAUGCCAGACCUAUGAACAGAGGAAGAUAGUGGAGUACACCUGUCACACGGCCUUCUUCGUCAGUAUUGUGGUGGUACAGUGGGCUGAUGUCAUCAUCUGCAAGACCAGGCGCAACUCUGUCUUCCAGCAGGGCAUGAGGUCAAAACCCUUUAUCUUUGCACCUGUCUUCUAAUGACACUUUAGCAUGACUAAAUAGCAGACCUCUUCUUUUCUCUAUUCAGAUUUUGUAGGGUUAAGAAGCACCUCUACUUUAUGUCUCUCAUAGCUAGUAUAAAUGUUGAGAUGCAUUAUUUGUUUGUUUACAGGAAUAAGAUCCUGAUCUUUGGGCUGUUUGAGGAGACGGCCCUGGCUGCCUUCCUGUCCUACACCCCAGGCAUGGACGUGGCUCUCAGGAUGUACCCCCUCAAGUGAGUACUCCAUCCUCUGUUCUCAUUCACACAUAGCAACAGCACCCUCUACUGAGUGUCGUUAAUAUGACAGUUAAUUGACAGUAAAGUACCACUGUGUUUAUUUUUUGUGUUUUUAUUUAACCUAUAUUUAACCAGGUAAGCCAGUUGAGAACAAGUUCUCAUUUACAACUGCGACCUGGCCAAGAUAAAGCAAAGCAGUGUGAUAAAAAUAACAACAACACAGAGUUACAUAUGGGAUAAACAAAACAUACAGUCAAUAACACAAUAGAAAAUCUAUAUACAGUGUGUGCAAAUGUAGUCAGUUAUGGAGGUAAGGCAAUAAAUAGGCCAUAGUGCAAAAUAAUUACAAUUUAGUAUUAACACUGGAAUGAUAGAUGUGCAGAAGAUGAUGUGCAAAUAGAGAUACUGGGGUGCAAAUGAGCAAAAUAAAUAACAAUGGACUGGAGACUAUUUCAAUCCAUUAAUGGGGAAAUAAUUUCCUCUUUAAGGACUAUUAUUCAUUCAACUGAAUGGCACUCUGGCUUUUUAUUCCUUGUUCUCUCCAUCCAUCUCUUUCUCAGGCCCAGCUGGUGGUUCUGUGCAUUCCCGUACAGUUUCCUCAUCUUUGUUUACGAUGAGAUCCGAAAACUCAUCCUGCGCCGGAACCCCGGAGGUACUAAUCUCUCACUAAUACACUUACUGUACUCACACAAAUGUGUAGUAUGAUGUACUAAAGUACCCAUACUAACAUUUACUAAGAUAGAACCGGGUAUCUUUUACAGAGCAUUGUGGGUACUGUUGUACAUAAUGCUACAAAAUUUUAAAAAACAAGAAAAUGGUGCUGUUGGGUUUGCUUAAUAUAAGGAAUUUGAAAUGAUUUAUACUUUUACUUUCACUUUUGAUACUUAAGUAUAUUUUAGCAAUUAUAUUUACUUUUGAUACUUAUGUAUAUUUAAAACCAAAUACUUUUAGACUUUUACUCAAGUAGUAUUUUACUGAGUGACUUUCACUUUUGCGUGAGUCAUUUUCUAUUAAGGAAUCUUUACUUUUACUCAAGUAUGACAAUUGGAUACUUUUUCCACCACUGCCUUUGAUACAAAUGUUUGCUGUUUCAAUUAAAAAUAAUUUCUCUCUCUUUCUCUCUAUUCCCUUCCUUUUCUCUUUCCUUUCUCUUUAGGCUGGGUGGAAAAAGAGACAUACUAUUAA